CCAUCUCUCAUUUCUUCGUCGCCUUUCUACUAAAUUGAGAAAACCACUCAUCACCACCAUGGAAACCUGGCUCCUCAUCCUCACCACCCUCCUCCUCUCUCUCCUCCUCAAACCCAUCCUCUCCCUCCUCCUCACCACCAACAAGCUCCCGCCGGGCCCCAUCUCCGUCCCCAUAAUCAGCAGCUUCCUCUGGCUCCGCAAAUCCUUCUCGGAGCUCGAGCCCAUCAUCCGCAACCUCCAGGCCCGUUACGGCCCAAUCGUCACCCUCCGCAUCGGCUCCCGCCCCGCCGUCUUCAUCUCCAACCGCUCCCUGGCCCACCAGGCCUUAAUCCAAAACGGCGCCGUCUUCGCCGACCGCCCCCCGGCUUUGGCCACCAACAGAAUCAUGAGCAGCAACCAGCACAACAUCAGCUCCGCCGUCUACGGCCCCACGUGGCGGCUCCUCCGCCGCAACCUCACCUCUGAAAUCCUCCACCCUUCCCGCGUCAAAUCCUACUCCGGGGCCCGCAAGUGGGUCCUCGACAUCCUGGCCAACCGCCUAACGGAAUCCCAAUCCCAAUCCAACGGAGGGGGAGGAGUCAAAGUCGUUGACCAUUUCCAGUACGCCAUGUUCUGCUUGCUGGUUCUCAUGUGUUUUGGAGACAAACUCGACGAGAACCAGAUCAAUAAAAUCGAAGAGGUCCAGCGGAGGAUGCUCCUCAGCUUCAGCCGGUUCAACAUCCUCAAUUUCUGGCCUUCAUUGACGAAAAUAGUCCUCAAGAAUCGCUGGCAGGAGUUCUUUCGAAUCCGAAAAGCCCAAGAAGAUGUCCUGCUUCCUCUGAUUCGAGCCCGCAAGGAUGCCAAUGUCAACAAGAGCGAUGACUAUGUACUGUCUUACGUCGACACUCUCUGGGACCUCGAGCUUCCCGACGAGAAGAGGAAGCCGACGGAAGACGAGAUCAUUAGCCUCUGUUCGGAGUUUCUCAAUGCCGGAACCGAUACUACUUCCACCGCGCUGCAGUGGAUCAUGGCUAAUAUUGUGAAGUAUCCGUCUGUGCAGGAGAGGCUGCUUGCGGAGAUUAAAGGAGUUGUGGAGGAAACAGAGGAGGAGGUGAAGGAGGAGGACUUGCAGAAGAUGCCUUAUUUAAAGGCGGUGGUGUUGGAAGGUUUAAGGCGCCACCCACCCGGCCACUUUGUGCUGCCGCAUUCCGUCACGCAAGACGUCGUCUUGGAUGGUUAUGUGGUACCAAAGAAGGGGACGGUGAAUUUCAUGGUGGCGGAUAUGGGGUGGGAUCCGGAGGUGUGGGAGGAGCCUAUGGAGUUUAAGCCGGAGAGGUUUUUGAGUAAGGAGGGAGGAGAUCAGGGGUUUGAUAUAACGGGAAGUAGAGAGAUUAAGAUGAUGCCGUUUGGGGUAGGGAGGAGGAUUUGCCCUGGUCUAGGGUUGGCUGUGCUUCAUCUGGAGUAUUUUGUGGCGAAUUUGGUGUGGAAAUUCGAGUGGAGAGGUGUGGAGGGAGAGGAUGUUGACUUCGCGGAGAAGCAAGAGUUCACCAUGGUCAUGAGGAAUCCAUUGAAGGCGAACAUUUCACCAAGAGUGAUGAGAUGAGUGAAGGGUUCUGGGUUCUAGUGUGUAACUAACUAAUUAUGAGUAAAGUUUAUAAGAAUGUGGUUUCGGGUUUCAGUUGUUUAUGAACACAAUGCAUGUAAAUGUGGUUUGCAAGCAGUAGCAUUGUUUCAGUUACUCUGAUAUUGUUGGUUCCAAUUGUGAAAUUACAGCGUUGUUACUUGUUAAUCUUACCAGUUUAUUUGUUUA